UCAGCAGUCAGGGUUUUGAUUUGAUUUUUUCUGAGUUCAUUUUUUUUUUAUGAAUAUUCUUCGGCAUUCAACGCCACGCUGUCGUUGUCCUCGCAAUCGUCACCAGCGUCACAAUUGUCGCUAUUGCUGUCAUUUUGGUAAUUGCGAUAUCCUUUCGCAGCUUAGUAGUAGCAGCACUCAAGCAAACAAAAAGUGGCAUUAAUAUCUGAAUUUCGCAUGAAAUGUUGCUGGAAUACGUAAUGAUGCUGCUUGUGUUCGGAUUAACCACAACCGUUGAGCGGAGCCACAUCGAAGCGCUGGCAUUUCAGGGUACAACGAGACAUCCGCCACAUCAUCAUUACACGCCGCCACCGUCAACUGUUCACCACCUACCACAGCAAAUUUUAGAAUCAAUGUCACUAGCAGCCCAGCUGCCAUCCUCCUCAUCGCUCUCGUCGUCAGCGUUAUCAUCAUCAUCAUCGGCAUCCACAUCGUUGGCAUCAUACUCACAGCUUGAACUCUCCAACGCUAUUGUGGAGAGUUUCGAAGGUGUCGGAAGUAGCAGUGAACCGCAAUUCGAGAAUACCACCGAACGCGAAGUGAUUGCAGCUGUCGGCACAACAGCUCGGUUGCAUUGCCGUGUGCGGAAUCUUGGCGAUCGCGCCGUCUCGUGGAUACGUAAACGCGAUCUGCACAUUCUCACCAUCGGCAUUAUGACGUAUACGAAUGACCAGCGUUUUUUGGCGCGACACAUUGACAACUCGGACGAGUGGGUGUUGAAGGUGGUGUCGGUGCAGCCGCGUGAUGCUGGCAUUUAUGAGUGUCAGGUGUCGACAGAGCCGAAAAUCAGUCAAGCGUACAAGCUGAUGGUUGUGACAUCAAAAGCGCAAAUCCUCUCGAAUCGCGAACUCUUUAUACAAAGUGGCAGCGACAUUAAUUUGACGUGCAUCGCACCGCAAGCGCCCGGGCCCUACACGCAUAUGAUGUGGUACAAGGACAGCGAAUUAAUUAACGAUUCAACGCGCGGCGGCAUACGCGUCGUAUCGGAGCAGCAGAUGAAGAUGAGCAAUUUGGUGAUAUCGCGCGUGCUGCACCGGGAUUCGGGGAAUUACACAUGCUCGGCAGAUAAUUCAAAUUCCGACAGCGUAUUUGUGCAUAUCAUCAAGAGUGAGCAGCAUGCGGCCAUGCAACAUGAACUUGCCACACGCAUGCAGACGCCGCGCCUGCUGCUGGUACUACUGACGUUUUUCUAUUUAUUCGAAUGUUCAACCAAAUGAGAGCGGCCAUUGCGAACACAAAUGCUGAUGC